ACCGGCAGGACAGUGCCAGCGGCGAGCGCCUCAGUCUCCACUGUCCAGCCUGCGAGACGCGUCGACGGUCUCCGGGUCUUGGACCGGGUUGUAUCAUUAUGGCCUCACUUGGUUAUGGCAGUACUCAGCUGUCGUAUACAUGCCUACUCGCAACUCGAGUUGCCAUUGCUGUUUUCAAGAUAUUUGUAACUCAUGGGGCUCCGACUCAUCCACUUUCCAAGGAGUCUCACAGCCGGUUCUAUCCCGUUUGCGUACCUGUGAAAAUUGUACGUGUUCUAUGCCCGGACGCCGGAGCACUGCAGAGCAUCGGUCCUGGUGCGCACGGCGGUAUACUACACAGGUACCAGCAGGCUACCCGAGCAUCGUCAUGGAAAGUUUGCACCGAAGUGAAGGAAACAGCACGGAAGGGUUAACAACGUUAAUGACCGCCAGGUGACCGUUGAGCGCGAGCUCAUCCAGGGCUACUCUCACCCGCGGCUGCUUCGCCGCCUGGCAGGCGAUGUAUAGAGCGCGAAAUGUAAUGGGAUUUUUGCUCAGCUCACGCAGUCGCUUUUACAGGCCAAAUG